AUGAAGGAAUAUAAAACAACUGAUCAAGCUGCUGAAGCCAUCAAGUACUUGAGUGGUACAUUGGUCAUGGGCAAGAAGAUAAUGAUAGAGUACUCGGUGUCCAAACGUCAGCUGCCCACGCCACAGUCGGGCACGAUCUUCUCGGCACCUCGCUCGUCAAGAAUCUACAUCUCUGGCUACGACGUUGAGUUCACGACGCCCAACCAACUGCUGGACCUCUUUAGCGAAAUCGGUCGUGUCAUGAGCAGCCACUUCAUCGAGAAGAAGGGCUACGGCUUCAUUGAGUACCAGACCGUCGAAGAGGCUGAGCGUGCAAUUGCAAGAUUCCACGACUUUGAAAUGAAGAACCGCAAGCUCGUCGUCAACUUUGCCACAAUGCCUGGCAGUGCCCAGGCACCUCCCGUUCAGUCCCAGUCUCCAACAAGGAGAGGAUAUCGCUCACGCUCAAGAUCACCUGGAUUCCGAGGCAAUCACCAACAGUCUAAACGAACAAGGACGUUUAGUCCUCAUAGAGGAAGAAGUACAAGCCCUGGUGGAUCACGCUCACAUCAUAGUAACGACAACAACAACAAUGCACAUUUCUUUGUACCGCCACCCCAAUUAACAUCAACGACGACAUCAUCAUCAUCAACAACAACCGACAACUACCGAUCAAACAACAACAACAACUACUCAUCAUCAUCAAAGCACUCCAAUGGCAACAAUACUUCUGAUCUCAGUCCUCGUAGAGGACGAUCACGAGAUCGCAGUAGAAGUGAAUCACCUGAUUCAAAGCACCGAAGACAAUCGGCCUAUCCUGCACAGCUGCUACCACACCAACAACAACAACAACAGAAGUUCUCAUCACCAUCUCCAAAUAGACAACGCAAUGCAUCACCAUCCACAGUGUCUGGCACGAACAAACGGUCAAGAUCACCAUCACGAUCACCAUCUCACGGCAACAAGUCCAUUGACAUUGACAACAACAACAACAUCAACAUCAAUGGACACGGCGGCAUCUUGGACAACAAUGACAGUCAUGCAUCUGGAAUCAAUGGCAGGAGUAGGAUGUACGACUCUGUCGAUGAGUACUCACAAGACAACAACUCAUCCCUUAUUACUGCCCCUGAAUCUCAGUCCUUAUCCUAUCCCACUGAGGACAUCAUGAUGGUAACAAACAGUCAAGAGAUGGCAUUCAAUGUACAACAACAACAACAACAUAUACCUCUAUCUCUACCACAACCACAACAACAACCACUACCUCAACAACUACUACUACCUCAACAAAUGUACGCACCAACAACUUCAUCAUCAUCGACAUCGACAUCAACAACAUCAUCUUCAUCGACCAAGUACAACAACUCAUCAAGAUCAAACAAUACUAGCCAUAAUAGUGGCGGCGCGACCAAUCUACCAUCAUCCACACUUCCCCAAGAUAUUGAGUAUGAACUGCGCCAGAUCAAAGAUAGCCUCAUGCGUGAAGUCCAUUCGGUGUUUGACGAACUAAAGUCCCAAAGAACUAAAUCAAACAUACAAUCUGAUCGUAUCAAGUCCGAGCUGGUGGACUUCCGCAACUAUGUGGCCACCAAGAAUGACAAUGUCGUGCGCAAGAUUGAGGACACCAACCGUCGUCUGGGAGACAACACGUUUGAGCAGUUCAAGGACCUGCAAAAGGUCAUGUCCAACAUGCAGAUGGAGCUGAACUAUCUCAAGGUGGACAUCACCAACAACCGUGCCGACAUCAAGGAGUGCAAUGCAACGAUCGACAAGAUCAUCCAGGAGACCAAGACGCUGGUGCGCUCGACCAAGGGUCUGGCGACCAACGCCCACGUCACCAACCUGUUGGCCGACGUCAAGAAGACGAUCGACUCGAACAACAACGCCGACUCGAUGGCAUUCGGUGGCUCCAUGAUGAAGAAGCUCUACCCAAUCGAUGCAUUGUCCAAGAAGUUAUUCAGUGUCGAAGACAAGCUUGAAGCCAUGGAGAAGGACAUUUGCAAACACAUAACCGACCUCCAGAAUGAAGUACUCAGCAAAAACGCCAUCCAAGAGAUGAUGAUCCAAGAGGAAAAGAAGAGACCUACCAGGAAGAAAUAA